UCAGUCAGAAUUCAGAACCCACAUGCUCAUUUCUCACCACCACCGUCACCACCACUUCCACCACCGUUUCCGGCCGCCAUGCACGGUGGAGCUGCCGGCGAAGAAUCAAACUCUGAUCUUAAUCAAAUCUUGGUUGAAAAAUUCUACUCACUGGAAUCAAGUUAUAGGAAACUUGUGGAACAAUUCAACGUGUUAUAUCAAGAAAAAAAUAAGAAUAGUAUUGUGAAUAUGGAUUCAGAUGAAAAAUUAACAGAUUUUUCAGCUGAAAUGAGGUUAUUGCCUGGAGUUUUCUUUAGUGGGAGUCCGUACAAAAACGUGUUGAAUUGCAUGGGUCAUGCAGUUCACGUUAGUAGAGCUGAUUCUGGGGAAAUUAUUUACUGGAAUCGAUUUGCUGAAAGACUUUACGGUUAUAAAGAUCAUGAAAUACUUGGACAAAGGUCCACUGAACUGCUUAUCUGUGAAGAAUAUCAUGAACUGGCUAGGAUUUUCAUGGAAAAUUUGAGCUGUGGAGAAUCAUGGUCGGGUCUGUUUCCUUUUAAGAAGAGGUCCGGUCAGAUUUUCAUGGCAAUGGUGACGAAAAGCCCAUUGUACGAGGAUGACGAGCUUUUUGGUGUUAUCACUGUUUCGAAUGACGCGGCUUCAUUUAUUAAUGUAAACUCCAGAAAUGCAAGUAUCCAUGAGGAUAAUGCUCAACCUGGCGCACGAGGAAUAAAUUUCAAAAGGAUUCAAUGGCAGCCACGGCUACAAAUUGCAUCGUCUGUUUCAAAUCUGGCUUCAAAAGUUUUCUCACUGAAGCGUGGAGAGGAUACGUGCAAUGCAUCUGCAGAUGCAAGGGACAGAGAUCAGGCGGAUUUAGACGUCAAAGAAGGGAAACCGCUGAAGCCACCCAGAGCACCUGCGACACGGCUGAGUUUCAAUUUGCUCGGCGGGAAGAAUAAAGCUAAUGCAGAGAGCUCUCAGAAAGAUGAAUCUACAUUCGACAUUGCUCAGCCUUCCAAAAUCGCAGCAAAGGUUAUGUCAAAGCUGAACAUUGCAGGAUUUGGGCACCUUGGUAAAGAGAAGGGUCAACACAAUGGGGAUGACAAUACUCGUGUUAGUGAGGAUGUAGCUGAACCAUAUCCGCCAACAGCUUCAGACGCUAAAUCAAAUUGUUGUCACUUUGGUGAUGAAUAUAUUAACCUCCAGAAAAACCAGAAAAGAACUUGUUUUGAUCCGGGAACAAUGUGUGCCCCUACAACUGGGCACGAUGUUGUAGAGGGUCCAAGUGGAACCUUCUCAAGGAACUCCAAGGAAUGUCCCGAGGCAUCUAAAAUUCCUGAGCAGUAUCCGGGAUCAUGUAUGAAUGAUGAAGAGCUUAAGCUACAACUCGGGAAAUCAAAACUCUCAGAGCUGGAAGAUUCAUCGCAGCAGCUUUUAGAAUGCAAGCAAUCACCAAAGUCAGGGGGGAGCGUUGACAGCCGUGGAAGUUCAUCAAACAUAACUGAGAAUGAGUCAAGCUUGAUAGUAGAUUGUGAAAUCUUAUGGGAAGAUAUUAGCCUAAAGGAGGAAAUUGGACGAGGUUCAUAUGGUGUUGUGUAUCAUGGAAUCUGGAACGGAUCGGAUGUUGCUGUUAAGGUUUUUUUCGGGAAUCAAUGCUGCGAUGAAACAUUGCUCGAGUACAAAAAGGAGAUUGAAAUAAUGAAAAGACUCAGACAUCCUAACGCGUUGCUAUUCAUGGGGGCCAUAUUUUCUCAAGAAAAACCUGCUAUCGUCACCGAGUUUUUGCCCAGGGGAAGUCUUUUCAAAGCGCUUCACCGAAAUAAUAAGCCAUUAGACUUCAGUCGGCGUCUUAGGAUGGCCCUCGAUGUGGCAAGAGGUAUGAAUUAUUUGCAUCGCCGAAACCCACCUAUUGUACAUAGAGACCUGAAAUCUUCAAAUCUGCUUGUCGAUAAAAGUUGGACCGUCAAGGUUGGAGAUUUUGGCCUAUCAAGAUUUAAAGAUGCAACCUUUCUAACAUCAAAAUCUGGGCGAGGGACGCCGCAGUGGAUGGCUCCUGAAGUACUUCGAAAUGAACCUUCAACAGAGAAAUCUGAUGUCUUCAGUUUUGGUGUGAUCCUAUGGGAAUUAAUGACUGAAUCUAUACCAUGGAGCAACCUUAACUCUUUUCAGGUUGUAGGAGUCGUCGGAUUUAUGAAUCGUAGAUUGGAAAUUCCAGAAAAUCUUGAUACUCGAGUUUCUGCAAUCAUCCACGAUUGUUGGCAAGGCAAUCCAGCAAUCCGUCCAUCAUUUGAAGACAUAAUUCAAAGGAUGACGGACAUAAUUCUCUUGUUUACAGGGUUGACAGCUAGGAAGAAAACGGCCAUAUUAUCAAACAUGAUUUGACAGGUUACUACACAUAACAACUUAUAUAAAUUCACUAGUCCAAGUGAAUUCAUAAGGCAGUGCAACUUGUUUUUCUCUCUUUCACAAUCUUUUCUUGUUUUAAAGUUUUGGUUAAUGUUCUCCAUUUACCCCUGAAUGUGAAGGGUUUGUGUUUGAAGCAUGUAUAGUCCAUAGCCUCCUUAGGAAAAAACAGUGUAAAGAUUAUAUCAAAGUCAGCUGAUCCUUUAAGUCUCAACUUUGAGAUGAUGUAUUAACUUCUACCCUAUUAAAGAGCUUUGAGAUGUUGUAUUAAUUAUUGGCAUUUUUGAAUAGUGGUUGUUGAAAUUAGUUA